CUUUCUGCUCCCUUCGGCCUGGGUUCUGCCUUUGCGCGGAGGCCCCAUCCAGCCCCCCCGCACCGCUGACCCGAUUGGCCCCGGCGUCAGACUUCAGGGAGCCCGGGUCGACUCGGCACCGCCGGGGUCGGGGAGUCCAGAUGCUCGCCUAGGCCCGAUUUCGGACCGCGCUCUCGAUUUCUACCGCGUCCCGCCUGUGGGACGCGGAUGCGGGUGGGAUCCCGGGAGGUUGGAGGGCAGAACCGAAGGUCUGAAGCUUCCGCUUCUCGGACCUCAGCGCGUCCCCUGGUCCUGGUCGGCAGCCCGCCCGCUUUUCUCAGCCCGAGGGACUGUUUGGUCCUCGUUACACCGGGGGCGAGACCUAUGAGCACACAGGGCACCUCUGCUCCCUCAGCCCGCCCCUCAGUGCGAAGGCCAACUCCUCUUGCUUAAAAGCAAAGCAGCGUUUCUGCCCACGACUGGACCAACAGUGACAAUGACGGAGUGUACAAGCCUUCAGUUUGUCAGCCCCUUUGCUUUUGAGGCAAUGCAGAAGGUGGAUGUUGUUCGUUUGGCAUCGUUAAGUGACCCAGAAUUAAGACUUCUCCUGCCCUGCUUGGUGCGGAUGGCACUUUGUGCUCCUGCUGACCAGAGCCAAAGCUGGGCCCAGGAUAAAAAACUCAUUCUUCGCCUUCUCUCGGGAGUGGAAGCUGUCAACUCCAUUGUUGCCUUGUUGUCUGUGGACUUCCAUGCCUUGGAACAGGAUGCCAGCAAAGAACAGCAGCUUCGGCAUAAACUUGGAGGAGGUGCUGGAGAGAGCAUCCUGGUAUCACAGCUUCAGCAUGGACUAACAUUAGAGUUUGAACACAGUGAUUCACCUCGUCGAUUGCGUCUUGUGCUUAGUGAGCUGUUGGCAAUUAUGAACAAGGUAUCUGAUUGCAGUGGAGAAUUUUUUAUCAAGUCAUCCGAGCUAUUUGAGAGUCCAGUCUAUUUGGAGGAAGCUGCAGAUGUACUUUGUAUUUUACAAGCAGAGCUCCCUUCCCUGCUUCCUAUAGUUGAUGUAGCUGAAGCCUUGCUACAUGUUAGAAAUGGUGCCUGGUUCUUGUGUCUGUUGGUGGCCAAUGUUCCUGAUAGUUUCAAUGAAGUUUGUAGAGGCCUGAUCAAAAAUGGAGAACGACAGGAUGAAGAGAGUCUUGGAGGAAGGCGCAGAACAGAUGCCUUAUGCUUUUUAUGUAAAAUGAAUCCUUCUCAGGCUCUCAAGGUCCGAGGCAUGGUGGUGGAAGAAUGUCACUUGCCAGGCCUUGGAGUAGCUUUGACAUUGGAUCAUACUAAGAAUGAAGUUAGUGAAGAUGGAGUGACUGACUUGGUUUGUUUUGUUAGUGGUUUGCUUCUUGGAACAAAUGCGAAAGUCCGGACUUGGUUUGGAACUUUUAUACGAAAUGGACAACAGAGGAAAAGAGAGACCAGCAGUUCUGUCCUUUGGCAGAUGCGACGGCAGCUGCUUCUGGAGCUGACAGGCAUCCUUCCCACAGUGAGAAGCACCCGCAUCGCGGACGAGGCUGACACGGAGACCGAGCCCCAUGUGUCUGUGUACUCGGGGCUGAAAGAAGAGCAUGUUGUGAAAGCCAGUGCACUCUUACGUCUGUACUGUGCUUUGAUGGGGAUCGCUGGACUCAAACCAACUGAGGAAGAAGCUGAACAAUUGCUACAGUUGAUGACAAGCCGUCCUCCUGCUACACCUGCUGGGGUUCGCUUUGUUUCACUUUCCUUUUGUAUGCUGCUGGCCUUUUCUACACUUGUCAGUACACCUGAACAGGAGCAGCUAAUGGUAGUGUGGUUAAGUUGGAUGAUAAAAGAAGAAGCUUAUUUUGAGAGUACUUCAGGCGUUUCUGCUUCUUUUGGGGAGAUGUUAUUAUUGGUCGCUAUGUACUUUCAUAGUAACCAACUUAGUGCUAUCAUUGACUUGGUCUGUUCCACUUUGGGGAUGAAGAUUGUAAUUAAGCCCAGCUCCUUGAGCAGGAUGAAGAAUAUCUUCACACAGGCAAUUUUUACUGAACAGGUUGUCACAGCUCAUGCAGUUCGAGUUCCUGUCACCAGCAACCUGAGUGCCAACAUUACUGGAUUUUUGCCUAUUCAUUGUAUUUACCAGCUUCUCAGGAGUCGUUCCUUUACCAAGCACAAAGUGUCAAUAAAAGACUGGAUUUAUAGACAGCUAUGUGAAACCUCCACUCCACUCCAUCCUCAAUUACUUCCUCUGAUUGACGUGUACAUAAAUUCUGUACUUACUCCUGCAUCUAAAUCUAAUCCAGAAGCCACAAAUCAGCCAGUCACAGAACAGGAGAUACUUGACAUUUUCCAAGGAGUCACUGGGAGUGACAACACCCGCCUUAGUCAGCGUUUCAGUAUCACAGCACAGCUUUUGGUGCUUUACUACAUACUGUCUUAUGAGGAAGCUCUCCUAGCAAACACAAAGACUUUAGCUGCCAUGCAAAGAAAGCCAAAAUCAUAUUCGGCCUCUUUAAUGGAUCAGAUUCCUAUCAAAUUCCUUAUUCGACAGGCUCAAGGGCUGCAGCAGGAGUUGGGAGGGUUGCAUUCUGCUUUACUACGUCUCCUUGCAACUAACUAUCCACAUUUAUGCAUUGUGGAUGAUUGGAUCUGUGAAGAAGAAAUCACAGGAACUGGUGCCCUGCUAAGGCGAAUGCUCCUGACUAACAAUGCCAAAAACCACUCUCCUGAACAACUCCAAGAAGCAUUUUCAGCUGUCCCAGUAAGUCACACACAAGUGAUGCAGAUUCUAGAACACUUGACUCUACUCUCUGCCAGUGAACUCAUACCAUAUGCAGAAGUAUUAACAUCCAAUAUGAACCAGCUGUUGAAUGCAGGGGUUCCACGGCGAAUUCUUCAAACAGUCAAUAAACUGUGGAUGGUUCUUAACACUGUGAUGCCUAGAAGGCUGUGGGUAAUGACAGUCAAUGCACUUCAACCUUCAAUAAAGUUUGUUCGACAACAAAAGUAUACUCAGAAUGACCUGAUGAUAGAUCCUCUCAUUGUUCUAAGAUGUGAUCAUAGGGUACACAGAUGCCCCCCACUGAUGGAUAUUACUCUUCACAUGUUGAAUGGAUAUCUUCUUGCAUCCAAAGCUUACCUUAGUGCUCAUCUGAAGGAAACAGCAGAGCAGGAUAGGUCUUCCCAGAAUAAUACAUUAGGUUUAGUUGGACAAACUGAUGGCCCAGAAGUUACUAGAGAAGAAUUGAAAAAUGCAUUACUGGCUGCUCAGGAUAGUGCAGCUGUCCAGAUUCUCUUGGAGAUUUGCUUACCUACUGAAGAGGAGAAAGCAAAGGGUGUCAAUCCAGACAGCUUGCUAAGGAAUGUUCAAAGUGUUAUUACUACCAGCACUCCAAAUAAGGGAAUGGAGGAAGGAGAAGACAACUUGCUUUGUAACCUUCGAGAAGUUCAGUGCCUUAUCUGUUGUCUCUUGCACCAAAUGUACAUUGCGGAUCCCAACAUUGCUAAGCUUGUUCACUUUCAGGGCUAUCCAUGUGAACUUUUGCCUCUGACGGUCGCAGGUAUUCCAUCUAUGCACAUCUGUCUGGACUUCAUACCUGAGCUUAUUGCACAGCCAGAACUUGAAAAACAGAUAUUUGCUAUCCAGUUGCUUUCUCAUUUGUGUAUCCAGUAUGCAUUACCGAAGUCACUCAGUGUGGCUCGCUUAGCUGUCAAUGUCAUGGGAACUUUGCUGACAGUUUUAACACAGGCUAAGCGAUAUGCUUUUUUCAUGCCAACUCUGCCAAGUUUGGUCUCUUUUUGUCGAGCAUUUCCUCCACUAUAUGAGGAUAUUAUGUCUUUGCUGAUCCAAAUAGGGCAAGUCUGUGCCUCUGAUGUUGCCACUCAGACAAGAGACAUUGAUCCAAUUAUUACACGUCUUCAACAAAUAAAGGAGAAACCAAGUGUAUGGUCUGGAAUCUGUAAAGUUUCAUCUUACAAAAAUGGAUCCAGGGACACUGGAAGCAUGGAUCCUGAUGUACAGCUCUGUCAUUGUAUUGAAAGCACAAUAAUUGAAAUAAUAAACAUGAGUGUUAGUGGAAUUUAAAAAAAAAAACUUAAAAAAAAUGAAGAUGGUUGCUGCAUAUGCCCAAUAUGAAUCUGUAUCUUAUAACAACUCUAAACUGAAUGGGAACAGUACCGCCUUCAAUCAGUAAAAUGGAUCAAUUCAACAUGAAUACAAUUUAGAACUCUCUUGAGAAUUAUGCUUGCUUGUAUUUGAUUGGCAAUUCUUUGGAUCUACUUUGCUGGUAUGUUUAUAUUGUAGUAGCUGAGCCUUUUUUUUUUCCCACUGGGGGCACAUUUAAACAACUUAUUACUGGAAAGUGAAUUUGUCUUUGUAUUUAGCUUUUGAAGUGGAAAAAAACUGCCAUGCCUUUAAUUUCUUAUAAAAAUGAGUUUGUGGGUAGCCCAAGUGUUUAUUUUAGCUGUGACUUAGUAACACAGUGUGACAGUUAUGCAACGAUGAAAGGGAGAAAAAGGAGAAUUCAGGAAAAAUUAGGAAUUUAAAUACCCAAAAUAGAAAUCUCUCAAACUUGCAAUGCAAGUAAUAGUAAUGCAAGAUCAAAUUCCAGUUCUCAAGAAAUGGUAUUGAGAAGGCUUAAAAAAGGGCAAAUAGCUUUUUGUAAAUGAUUUUCAUGGAAUUACAGGUGAGGAUUUUAAGAUUUUUACAUGUUUGCUUCAAUUUUUUACUAAUAUGGAAAGCCAUAUGUUUAAAGAGAUACUUGAAUAAUUUGGGAUUUUAAGAUACUGGUUUAAAAGUGUAUACAGAAAUGUCUUUGUGCAGAGAAGAACCUGAAAGGAAGGUCUCAUUUAGUUUUUUUAAAAUUUAUUUUUAUAAUGCUUAACUAACUUAUCUAAUGGUCAGAAAUACAUUGGUACCUAUUUAAGUUUUAGAGUAAUACAGCCCAUUGCAUUAAAGAGCUCUUGGUUUGUCAUUAGGAUUAUAAUUCACAUCAUAAUCUUAUAUCUUUGACUAAGAAAAUGUAUACAAUGUUUGGACCUCAGGAAAAAUAAGAAAAACAAACAAACAAACAAACAAACGGAAAAUGCCAUAUUGCUGAAGGAUUUUGCAGUCCUCUGUUAGUAACUUCCAUUGAUCAUUAGGUAGAUGCAUUCAGGUAAUCCAUAAUCCUCAUUUUAUUUUCUUAAGUAUCCAAUGUAGAAGGUACUUCUCUUUGCUUUCUGAGAUAUACUGAAUGACAGAUAUCAUCCCCUUCUCUUGCCCCUACUUGAAACAGACCCCUUCACUUAUAAAGGAAAUUAGGCAGGCUAAUAAGAAAGCAUGGUUUUUAAGAAAUUAAACUUCAGCCUUUUUACUAGCAAAUAGACACAUUUCAUUUUCCUCCUUGUAAAAUGGGAUUACUACUGGCCCUACCUCAUAAGGGUAUUAAAUGAGAAUUAAUCUGUAGCUGUUUCAAAUCAUGAAGUGUACAGUAUUAUAGAUGGUAGAUGCUUAAUGUUCAAUUAAGUAAUUUUUGUGAAAAAUAAAAGCAUUUAAAAAUACCAUUAGAAUUUUCAUAUUUUUAAACAAGGCUGUUUUGUAGUCUUCUAAAAUUAAAUACUCCUGCUCCUGAGGCUUUGGAAUAUUUUGUGAGUAGGUAACCAACCUCUAGGAAUUCAGAAAAGGUUGAAAUAUGUUUUCUAACUGAAUGCAGUGCACAUUCUUGGAUAAUUUUUCAAAGACUGGUCAAAACCUGCUGUGUUAAAAUAAUAACAUGCUGUUUUUCAUCAGAUUUGUUGAUGAUGUAAAUAAAGUGUGUAAAUAUAUUAGUAAAUGCUAAUAUUCAUGUAUUUUAAGUUAAGGUUAUAAAAUUUGUCAAAAUGUGAUUUUUUUUAUUCAAGUGAAAACAGAUGUGUGCAGCUAUUUUGAAUAUUGGUCUAUAAACAUUCAUCUUCUUUAUCAAA